UAAAUUGUUGUUAACACUUUGCCUUGGACAGUCAUUGAUUGAGUUGCGAGCAGAUAUGACCGACUACGAUUUUACAACCAUUGCCCGCAAUGUCGCGACUCGUGAAAACAUCAAAGAUUAUAAACUUGAAUAUCAAUACUCAUCGAAAAAAGGCGAUGGCUAUACCGGAACAGUCCGUGCGGUGACAAUCAUUGGAAGUAAUAAGAAACUAGAAGUGGUUUUUAAAUAUUCUCAUCGAGACCCAAGAGUUCACGAAAAUUUACCUCUCAGAGAAAUUUACAUCAACGAAAUUCAGUUCUACGAAGAAAUCGCACCAGCUUUCGCAUCAUUUCAAGCUCGGUAUAAUGUUGAACAACCUUUCAACAAUACAGCAAAGUAUUAUGGAUGCAUCAACGAGGCAUUGAAUGAAUGUCUUGCUCUGGAGAAUUUAAGAUGUAAUAAUCACGACUUAUGGGACAGGAAAAAACUCAUGGACUCGGCGCAUUUAGAACUAGCGUUGAAAACAUUUGCAAAACUCCAUGGUACAUCCAUGGCUAUGAAAAAAUUAGACCCGGAACUUUAUAUGAAAAUUACGGCUGCUUUCGGUGAGUUUAACAUUUGGGCCGAUUUUUUCCAAAAGGCGGAUAUGUACAGACAAGUCAGCGACAUCAUACAAUCUUUUAAUUAUUUCGACCUUGAGAAACCCUACGCAGAUAAAUUGGAACACUUCCGAGUGAAUAUACAUGAUGUAAUGAAUGCGGUUGUUACUUAUCAUGACCAAUAUGAUGUUAUUGUACAGGGAGAUUGUUGGAGUAACAACGCUAUGUAUCAAUAUCAUGAUAUGAAUGAUCGUAGCAAGCCGAAAAAUGUUACACUUUUAGAUUGGCAAAUCAUCGCAUCUGGUUCAGUUAUAAUGGAUUUGUCCUACUUUUUUUACACUAUCGCUGAGAAAUCUUGUAUGGAUAAUUUGGAUUAUUUUAUGAAGUUAUACCAUGAUUCCAUGUCUGAUCAUUUGAAAGCGUUUGGUCUUGAUAUCGAAGAUGUUUAUCCAUAUGAAGUAUUUUAUAAAGCCUGGAAAAAAUUAUCGAUAUUUGGAUUUUUAAUGACGUUUACACUGCGUAAGAUGAUGUUGAUUGAAGCUAAAGAUACUUUUGAUUUUGCUGAAGGCCUUGAUGAUUUUAUGCUUAAGUUACACUUAACUAAAGAUCAAGAAGAGGUCUAUAAAGAACAAAUGAGAGAUAUUGUUAUGCAUUUUGUUGAUCAAAACAUGUUAGAAUAAUUUAAUCGUACCUGUUAUGAAUAAUUAAUUAUUGUAUCAAUAAAUCUUCAAAAUAAAAAAAAA